UCCGCCCAACCAACAGAUAAUCAAGGACCAUAAAGCGGAAACUCAAUUCUCUUUGUAAAAUUUUCGAUCCACAAACUGUUCCUGGUACAUUUCUUCUUCCUUCGCUUCGCAUUCAAGUAUCUUCAGUCUAGGGACACCGGCCACGGGCAGCCCACAGCAAACCCACUAGAUCGACGGGCCCUGCGGCACAACGGCAGAGUUCAGGCAGCAGCUCCUUCCUCCUCCAUCGAUUGAGUUUCUGAUCCAGUGGGAGACAAUAAGCGGUAUUGAAGGAAGCAUCGGAUCAAAUUUAUAUCCACCUGCUCAGGCAUGUCUGCUCUUUUUAAUUUCCAUUCGUUUCUGACGGUGGUACUGUUGGUGAUUUGUACGUGCACAUUUCUAAAGAUGCAGUUUCCCACCAUCCUCGAACAGAAAACUGGGUUUCGGGGAUUUUUUUGGAAGGCAGCUAGAAUAGGUGAACGUUUGAGCCCUUGGGUGGCAGCAGGGUGUUUUACAAUGGGUGUAUCAAUCCUUUUCUUCUGAAAGGUUUUUGUUGGCAAAAGUUGUAGACAGUUCUGUCACUUCAUCCAUUGACUAGUGUGGUCUAUUGAGCCCUGUCGAUCCCAAAUCCCAAUCAUAUUAUGUAACGAGGAUUAUGGAUCUGAGUUGAAUGGUUGAAGCUUAUUAGUGUGUUUUUCUUGUUGUAUUGCGGCGCAACCUCAUAGGUAGGUUCUGCAUAUUUAACGUUCAUUCCCCUCCUGAACAGGGGAACAUGUUCGUUAAGAUCGUUAACUUGGUGCUUGUCGAGCUUUGAUAAAGUUCGUUGAUGUUUGUGGCU